AUGGAAGAGGCCCUGAAUGCAGGGACAAGGAGACGGGCUCUUGCUGUGAUGGCCACCCCAAUCCCUAUGAAGCGGCCGCUUCACAAAAGUCCUGGUGCUGUAGCUUCAGUGAGCGGAUCUACAGUGACCCCAGACCCAAAGCGGCAUAUGUCAGAGAGUGGGAGUGAGGCGAAAACCGAAGCAUCUAGCUCUUCUUCGAAGCCAGCUGAUGCGGCGAUGGCCCCUGUUGAACUUUUUCCAGCUGAUACAGAAGUAGGUGACACACUGGUUCUUGAGGAUUCCCAGGUGAAUGCCCCGGAGGAAGGCUGGGGCAGAAACUGCUCAGUCAGUGCGGUGCACCAUCCCACAGUGCCUCCUCUUCCGAAGAUGCCAUCGAAAGAGAUGGCCAAUGAUGAUGCUCUUGCUCUGGCCUGCACACCGGAAGUUCAAGCUGCGCUGAUGCAACUGGCAUCGAACCCCUUGCUGGCGGAGAACCCUCAAUGUCUUGGGGAAUUUCUGGAACGCAUUGUGGCUGGAGCUGCUAAGCGUUCCAUCAACCCUGGUGCAGAAGCUGCAUCUCCACAGGCCACCAAAAGGCCUCUUGAGGAUGGGAAGGGUGACAUCACACCUCGUGAUGAUGUUCAACCAUACAAGUCGUUUUGGGCAAAGUUCAAGCGACCGUCCACCCCAACACCAGAAAAGUCAGGAACAGAGGUUGGUGGAGCAGAAGUGAAGGUGACGACCGAAGAAGCACUUGCUACAGUUCCAGCACCAGCAACAACUGAGGCAGUUCGAGAACCCAAUGAAGCAUCUCGUGCGGCUUCAGCUCCUGAUGCAGUGCCAGCUGAUACACCCCAAAAACAUGCUGUGGUGGAAGUUGUGGAGGCAAGCCCAACACCAGCCAAAGAGGUCCCUGACAACCAGCUUGGAGACUCGCAGCUAUACCCUGAAGGGCCUCGGUCAACCCCUCCAAGUCCUGCCCCUUUGGAAGCUGACACAAAGGAUGUGAAAGCACAUGGUGUUCACCAAGCUGGUGGCGACAAACCUCCAGUGGAAGGUGGAUCGGAGAAGCCCAAGAGUCUUCCUCCGUUCAGUCAAGAUGGCUUUUCAGAGGAGUUCAAGGCAGAGAUGGACAAAAUGUUUGGACCUGGGGAUGAAGAUGGAACAUCAAAGACCUUCACACCAAAACCUGAGGACGUGAGGGCUUGCCUGCAGAGGAAAACUACGGUGGACUUGGCUCCACCAACUCAAACGGGCCACACAAGGGUGCUUAUGAGUUUGGCUGGAGUUCUGCAGCCUGUGUGGGUUCCCAUGUCUGAAGAUGCAGCAAGGAGAAGUGGGCUCCAGCUAGCCGAUAAAGCAACAGAUGUUCCAAUCGGGGAACCACCUUUAAUGAGUCCUGCAACAAAAACAGCCACUGCAACUGAAGAGCCAACACAAAGCUCCACACCAGCCGCAGAACCUACCCCAAAGACCACACCAGCUCAAGAGGCACCACCAAACACAAGCAACCAAGCAGGAGCAGGAGAAGAUGCUGGUGACAAAGAUGCCGACGCUGCCAAGAAUGCAGUGAAGAAUGGCUACAUGAGGUUUUUCCGAUCUGUGAAUA